AUGUUACCCCUCAAUAAUACCAAUGCACCUCUGACCUUCUUCCUGACGGGUAUCCCAGGCCUGAGAGCAGUCCAGGUUUGGAUCUCCAUCCCUUUUUGUCUCCUGUAUGUCAUCGCCCUCCCUGGGAACAGCAUGAUCCUAUUUGUGGUCCUUCGUGAGCGGAACCUCCAUGAGCCCAUGUAUUACUUCCUCUCUAUGCUUUCAGCCACAGAUCUGAGCUUAUCCCUGUGCACACUUUCCACUACCCUUGCUGUCUUCUGGUUUGAAGCUCGAGAAAUCACCUUAAAUGCCUGCAUUGCCCAGAUGUUCUUUCUCCAUGGAUUUACUUUCAUGGAGUCUGGGGUUCUGCUGGCCAUGGCCUUUGAUCGUUUUGUAGCCAUCUGUGAUCCACUGAGAUACACCACCAUCCUCACCAAUGCCAGGAUUGCCCAGAUUGGGAUGAGCAUACUGAUUAGGAACAUUGCUGUCAUGUUACCAGUGGUGUUCUUUGUUAAGAGGCUGUCGUUCUGCAGGGCUGUGGUCCUUUCACAUUCUUACUGCUACCAUGUUGAUCUCAUUCAACUCUCCU